CACCAUGGCAACGUAAGAGCGAAAUGUAAAUGUUAUCCAGCGGCAAUUCAAAUGAGUGAAGAUGAAGAAAAUAGUUCUUCAAAUCUGUCCGAGGCAAAACAGUGUCCUACUCCAGUCCCCAGAAACCAUACAGAGCAGAUAGUUCCUGAUGAUGUAGAAAUUCUGAUUGCUAAACCUGAAGGCUUUCAAGAUCCAUUACAGCACUUAGAUGAAGUCGAGCUGGAUGAAAUUGAUGACUCGAGAAUUAAACGGGAAGAUUCUUCUACCGUCAGCAUACAUCCCGCGAUCACUUCGGUAGAAAAUCUUGGAUAUGAAGGCAAGCUAAGCAAUGUUCAAGUUGCUCAAAUGAAACAUCGGUUUUUCAAACUAACUGGUCUUCUUUCCAAAACACGUGAUAAUGAAUUCAAUUUAAUACAAUUAUCUAAAAAAUGGUCAAUUGAAUUGGACAAUUUACAUGAGUACUUAUCCAAGGCUGAUAAUUAUCCUGAAGGCUUUAAUACAAAAUCAGAUGGAUUACGUGAACAGUUGUUAAACGCAAAUAAUCGUCUUUUACAAAUUGAAGAAAGAAAUGAUGAAUUGAAAUAUACCAUAGAAGGUUUGAAGGAUGAAAAACGUAUGCUACAAAAUGAAUAUAAUCGUAUGCCUAAACAAGAGGAUUUUGAAGAUCAACGUAAACAGCUAGAGAAAUCUGUGAAUGAAAUUAAAACAGAAGUGAAUAAAAGUAGCACAGAAAGUCGACAUUUAAUGCAAACAUUAAAAGACACUAAAGAUAUGCUGACACAAAUUGUCAAAAUGAAAACGGAUACAGAAGAACAAUGCGAAAAUUUAAAGUUAGAGAGUUCUGAAAUUCAAUCACAACCUUUACAACUGUUGAAGGAGAGUGAUAAAUUACAAAAACAAAUAGAUGAAGUAGAACGUCUUAAAUAUGAAUCAUUAAGUGAACAAACGAAAUUACAAGAUGAAAUGAAAUCACUGGAAACACUUCGUUUACAACUUCAACUUGAAAGUGUUAAAUUACAAAAUCAGUCAGCUAAAAGACAGAAAAAGCUCAAUGAUUUACAAUCACAGUAUGAAGCUGUUAAUAUGCACAUUCGUGAAUUGGAACAAAAGAAUACUGAAAUGUCUCUACAGAAAACUGAAGCUGAUCUGAAAAUGGAUCAUUUAAAACAAGAGCUUGUACAACUAACUGAUCGUAUUAAUCGUCAAACACGUAUACGUGAAGUACUUAUACGCAAAGCACGUAAAGCUGAUAAUAUAUUACAAUCAUUGAAAGAAUCUGUUAAAUUUACAAUGAAAUCAUGUGCUGAAAAACAUAUGAAUUGUUUAGCUAUGAAACAAACUGGACAAGAUAAUGAAUUGUUAAAACAACGGACAUAUUUAAAUCAUGAGAUAAAAAAACUUAAAGAACAAUUACUUAAUCAAUGUCAACUUACUGAACUGGAACAAUCUAAACUUCGUCAACAUUUACAACAAGUUGAUCAAAUGAAUUAUGAUUUAGCUAAUUUACGUAUUGAACUGGUAGAAUUAACUCGUCUUACAACUAUUAAAUCAGAUGAAAGAGAACAGAAGUCCCGAGAUUUUUUAACUGCUCAAUCACGUUAUCUACGUAUACAGGAUGAUAUUAAAUCAAAACAAUUACAAAUACAUGAAUAUGAAAAAUCAUUAAAUAGUACACAGAGGAAGUUAAACGACUUUGCUAAACUCUAUGAUACCAUUAAAGAAGAACGUAAUAAUUGUUUAAAUUUAAUACAAAUAGCUAAUCAGCAUAUACAAGAAUUAGGUGAAAAAUUACGUAUAUCUACAAAUGAAAUUGAUAUAUUAAAGAAUAAUUUAAUACAUAAACAAGAAUUAUUAGACAGACAAAGACGAAAAACUGAACAGUCUACUGCAGCUCGUGAUGUAUAUCGUAAUGAAGUUUCUAAAUUGAGUUGUACUAUACGUGACAAUGAGGCUCAAAGAGAACAAAUGAAACAAGCAAUUCAAAGACAAAAUAAUAUCAUUACACGAACUACAAAACAAUUAGAAAAUUUGAGGAAGGCUAUAGGUCAUGCCAUAAAAUUACGCAAUGAUCGAGCUGUUGAAUUAGUUGAACGGAAUGAAGAAUUCUGUGUUUUACAAGAAAGAUUAAAUCUACAAAAUCUUACACUUUGUAAAGGUGAAAUAGAGCUGAAUAAAUUAGAAGAUGAGAUAAAAUGGCUUCAGCAAACAAAGAAUGAUUUGAUCCGAAGUAAUGAACGUAUAAAGAAGGAGGAAAAAGAAAGAGAAAAGUUGAAAAAUGAAAUUUUAUCUGGUCAACUACAAUUAGCUGUAUGUAAAAAUCGUGUGGCAAAAUUAGAGAAUACAGUUACAACGCCUAAAGCAUUUCUACUGGAUAGUGAUCAAGGUGUUUCAGUGAAAAAAGAUUUAAUACAGAUAAAAGAUAAAAAGCCAGCUAAUAUUGUAUUGUAUGCAUCACGUUUAAAUGAACUUGGCGGUAAACUUGAAAAUCCAGCUGAAUUAAAACAAAAAAUUGAUACACUUGAAAUACAAAUAUGCUGUCGUGAACAUAAAUUAUUAGAGUUGAAUUUACUUUUAGAUUCAAUUAAGUGUUUAGUAAAUCGACUUGAAAAAGAAGCUGAUUUAGGAAAAGAGGUAACACUAUCAUUAGCUAUUAAAACAAAUAAACAAAAAGGUACAACUAUGCAGACUACAAGACAAUUGAAAGCUACAACAGCUGAAUUAACAAUGUUAAUGACUACAGCCUAUGAACUACAACAACAAGUCAAGGAGCGUCGAGCUUUUCUAUCUGAGUGUUAUCGUCGUAUGGAGGCAGGUGAACCGCCAACAGAUGAUUUACUUGAGGAAUGGGAAAAAUAUAAUAGAACAAUUCAGUGGAAAUCUGAAAGAGCCAGAAUCACAAAGGCUUUAGAAUCGGACAACUAUUGGACAACAGCACCAGAAAGACCUAAUGCCUAUCUGCUUUAUCGAAAUUCACCACGAAAAUCUUGUGAAAAUCUUUCCAGUACAGAUGCUACUCUUAGCCAGUUAUCUACUUCCAAGUGUAAUCCAACUUUAAUUCCAUAUGGUGCUAAUGCACCAUUUCGACCUAAUGAUCCUAGUUCACAUAUGCGUCAUUUUCGUAGACCAGAAGUAAAAUCAAUUGAUGUUUAGUCUUUUUUUGACUAUAUCCUUCCUUGUUUUCCAUAAAACUAUUCUAGUAAAAAGGAAUUUUUCUGUUUUUUUUGUUUUAUCUUUUAGGCAUAAAGUGUACUGCA